CUUCUGCAGGAGCUCAUUAACAAAGCCAUUAACGCUGCCUUGGCAGCAAGGAAGGAAUGGGACCUGAAACCUGUCCAGGACCGAGCCCAGAUCUUCCUGAAAGCAGCUGACAUGCUGAGCGGCCCGAGGCGAGCAGAAGUGCUGGCUAAAACCAUGAUUGGGCAGGGUAAAACCGUCAUCCAGGCGGAAAUCGAUGCCGCCGCGGAGCUGAUAGACUUCUUCCGCUUCAACGCCAAGUACGCCCUGGAGCUGGAGAACAGCCAGCCCCUCAGCGUGGACGUCAGCACCAACAGCAUGGUCUACCGGGGCCUGGAGGGUUUCGUGGCAAAAAACUUCACGGCGAUCGGCGGCAACCUGGCAGGGGCUCCGGCGUUGAUGGGCAACGUGGUCCUGUGGAAGCCCAGCGACACUGCCCUGCUCUCCAGCUACGCCGUCUACAAGAUCCUCCUCGAAGCCGGGCUCCCUCCGAACGUCGUGCAGUUCGUGCCGGCGGAUGGGCCCGUGUUUGGAGACGCCGUCACGAGCUCCGAGCACUUCUGCGGGCUCAAUUUCACCGGCAGCGUGCCGACUUUCAAGCGGCUCUGGAAGCAGGUAUCCGAAAACCUGGAUCGCUACCGCAACUUCCCACGCCUGGCUGGAG